AUGAUAGGGGACACUGAAGGAGUUUUUAAGGUGGACGGCAAGAUCACAUUUCACGCGGACAACCCCGAGUACACGCUGACGGGGGAGACGACGGAAGAACACCUGCACGCCAUGAUCCGGGCUGGGCAAGCCUCCAGCAUCGAAACCAUCGGCGACUCGUUUGUGUACUUCAACGAGUACUCCGUCGUCUCGGACCCGGUGAAGGCUUUCUACUAG